AUGCAUUUGAGAUUAGGAAGUUUUAUUUAAUGUUGGGAUCCUCAGUGUAAUAAAUAUAUAGAGAAAUUUAAUAAAAAACCUUUGAUGUUUGGAAAAAUUAUUGUAGAUUUAAAUUAAGUACCAAAAGUCAAUGUUAUAAUUGGAUAUUCUGACAUUGAUUAUUUUAAUGAUCCUGAUUAUUUUGGGCUUGUAAAUGAAGAUGGAAAUUUUUCGGACUCAAUAUGUUUUAACUUAAAAAUAUAUAAAUAUACUUCUAAUACUUAUUCAGAUUAUCUAGAGAUAACUGAUUUAACUAUUUUGGCUUCAAACAACUCUAAAAAAAAAUAGAGAUAUUAUUCUUUUACAUUAGAAGGGGAGAAAUUAUAAUAAUUUAUGGUUAAAACAUCUAAUUCACAUUAGUAUAUAUAUAGAGGAUUUUUUGCUUUUGUCUUUUCAUAUAGAUAAUCUAAUAAUUUAUAAAGUAUUAAUUAAUUUGAAAUUUUUUUCACUAUUAAUAAAUCAUUUACAACAUUAAUAAAUUAAGGCUUCAAAUCUUUAUAUUAAAUAAAUUUUUUUUAUAAUUGUGAUCCUUUAUUUUGCUAUUUUUUUGCGGAAAAAGAGAUAAAAUUUUGCGCUGAUAUCAAAUGUGCUGAAUAUAUAAAUCCAGAUCUCCAUUUUAACGAUAAAAUAAUUCUUUACCAAUUUUAUUAAAGCCAAAACGAAAAGUAAAUUUACUUGACUCACCCUUAAGUAUGGUAUGUUGGUGAAGGACUUCUAGAGUAAGCAAAAAUUAUUAGUUUUGAUAAUACCUAACCUGGUUAAAUCAAAAUUGAAUUAAAAGUUGGAAUAGUUUGGAAUGGACUAAAAAUUUAGGUUACAAGUUCAUUAGAGUAAGUAAUUAUUGAUGGUGAAUUAUCCGAUAUGCCUACACCUAUUAGAGUUUUUGGAUAGACCUAACAGAUAUAUUGUAUCAAAGCUUAAGGAUCAGAAUCCUGUGCAACUUGUGAUGAACAAUAUCUAGCUUAAGGUUAUGCCAACAAUGGUUGUUCAUUAUUUGGAUCUAAGAUAUCAAUGAAAUUCAUAAUUUUAUCAAUAAUAAUUUUAUAAAUUUUUCAUUGA